AUGACACCUGAUUACCUUCAAGGGACCUACACGACUUACAAANGGGACACUGACACUAUCGCCAACUGGCUCGCAACCACCGCCAAACGAUGUGGCUUGUCUCCAGAAGUGCUCAAUGACGGCGACAAUGCCUCAGGUCAACCACCUUCUCAGCCCCCACCUGAAGUCAAAUCCCCAAAGCUGAAAGGAAGAGCUCGCAAGCUUGCCAGAGAUGCUGCUCCCAAAGACGAAACCAAAUCCGAACGACUGCGGACCUAUACUAUACCGGUCAGGUCUUUUACGCAACUUGCAUCUCAGAUCGUCUCGUCUGCUACACCAAGCAUCAAGGUUCCUGCCAUCCUUGGAACCAUCUUGGAUCGGGCUAUCGCAUUCCGCAAAGAGCACAACGCUUGUUUCAAGAACACAAAGCUAGCUACCGAAACACCUUCACACAUCGAUAGCCAUGCACACUUCAUCUCCGUUCUUGAGGGUGUGCGCCACAUACUGCGGCCUUGUAUGGUAGAAAAGACUGGAGCUGCGCCUCUUAAACAAUCUCAAGCACACUCCAAGCGAGCCACCGAGAACAAGACACGCAACCAAAAUGCUUUCGAGGUUCUGGACGUCGAAGAACUGUCCGAUGACUUCCUCAACACCUCGCUUUCAGAAAAUGCUUCGAAGCACAAGCCUGAAGAUGCCCAGAACAUCCGUUACAAGGCUGAAUGCAUGCCCAAAGAUGACGAACACAUCAUUGCCGGUCUCGUUCUUCUGCACAGUAUCAAUAAGAUACGAAAGCACAUCGAAGGCCUAUGGAAGGCUUAUCUCGUCAAGGACAUCGAUCUGCACGCUGCUGCCCUAUCUACCAAUACCGCAAUCGAACUUGUGCGUCAUCUGCAGGAAGACCACGACAAGUCAUUCCACGAUCAGCCUGACUUCCAAGUGUGUGUGGUUCCAUGCUUUAUCACAACAUGCCGCUUGUUGAACGUGGAUGUCUUGAAACGUGAGCAACCUCACGAUCUUUAUAACUUUGAUGCCUAUGCUACGGCUGACAGGUGCUUCAUCAAUACGUGGCACAUGUUGGACCAGCUACGUGCUUGGAGAGCCCCCGAUAAAAUAGCUUAUGUGGACCACCUUGUUCCAAAAUGCCGCGAUACAGCCACGGACUGGUCACAAAAGUCAAACAGAGACAAAUUACUUGAUGACAAGUUCAUGCUGUUCAGAGCUUUUACCGGACUUACUGCUCUGGCUACAAUGGAUCGCUGGGUAGAAGACGAAUUCGUUCGGGGUGUCAGGGACAUGUCGCCUGGUAAACCAAUUCCUCUCUGGCUUGCCUUCGCGGCUCAGGUAUACCUUGACGUUCAACACACUCUCGGCGCUGAAGUCGGGAGACCUUAUGAGGAAAUGCAGAAAGGAGGAAAAUACAUGAAGUCAGCGCUUGACCAGACGGUCGCCUUUCAUGAGAAGCUUUCGCGUAACCUUCUGAAUCCUACCUUCUGCAUUCAGAUUCGCGAGCACAUGCACACCACGGGUGAGCUCAUUGACUUCAUGCUGAUCUCAGACUUGGUCGAUUGGAGGAUUAAUGGGAACAACAUCAAAAGGUUACCAUCAUUCGAGUUCUUCCAGCACAACCCCAUUAUGUGCGGGCUUUAUCUGUUUGGCGGAAGAUACACUAUGCAGCGAUCCAGCAUAUCGUGUGUCAAAGACUGGACUACUACCAUCUACUGUACACAUCUCUACAAUGCAUUGCGAGUACAGCUUCUCACUGAACGCUGGGAAGACAUGGAAACGCUACUCAAACCCCAAGGUCGUGACAGGAUCUUCAUGGGAGCCGCUCCACAAUCCAUCACGGAAUGCGUCAAGCGCUUCAAGCUUUGUAGGGGCACAUCAAUCGUAAACAGCGCAAGCGAUCGGACAGAGAUUGAAGGAAAAGCGCUGAAGAUCAAUCCGGACAACCGCCGCAAUGUGGAAGAUCACAUUCCCUUCGCCAGUCUGAUCGCUGGUCGCUACAUGUGCUACGACAAUGUUUCAUUGUCCACCGACCUUACGGCUGUCGAAGCCAAAAUCAAGGUCUUGCGCGCUGAGCAGAUGUUGAGAGACUCAUCGACCUCUUCGACUGAUCUGAGAAAAGCUGCCAAUGCCAGCAGUAAGCAUGCACUCACGGCCACCGAUCUUCUUGAUGGUAUGGCAGCCACAGUUCAGAGUGAUGGCAUGCAUUUGACCUUCGACUAUCUUCGGCUGCACCGGACUUGCUGCACCAUCUUGACUACUCUCGAAGCUGAAGUCAGCCACAAGUUUGAAGGCAGACACCCCUUUGCCGCGCCGAACGGCAUCCAUCGCCUACACAUGCCAGAUCUGGUUGGCUGCAUUCUGAUGCAAGCGGAACAGAUGGAGAAGAGCUGUCAACACGUCUACCGCGAUGAUGCCAUAUAUACUGGCGAAACUCUUCGAGGAGUCGCAGAGAGUUUCAACAAGAUUGUGGGAGGUAAAGCUGGCAGUAUUGGUGUCGAGAUCAUCAAGAAGACUUUCGGCUAUGAGUGA